AUGGCCUCCCUACUUCCACCCACUUUGAGCAUAUUGGGAGCAUUGCUCCUUUAUAAAGCGGUUCGUCUUUUGCACUUCGUCAGACUCGCUCGCAAGACCACUUUACCCUAUAUCAUCACACCUCUGCUCGAAACCGAAGUGCUUGCCCUCCUUCUCAAUCCACCUCUCCGGUAUCUGUAUCGCGGAUACUUGGAUCGUGGCAAAGGAUGGCCACGCUGGUGUCGGUUCUUCGUCAAAGAUUGGGCUUGGGAGGACAAAAGACAAGCGCAUGAUCAAUUCGGAGAUGUGUUCCUUUGCGUAUCUCCCGAGGGAAUCAUUUGUUAUUCAGCGGAUGCAAUGAUGGGCUGGGAUGUGAUGAAUCGGCGGAAUGUUUUCACCAAACCGCGAGACAAAUACAAAAUUCUCGAGCCCUAUGGUAUGAAUGUCGCCACCGCCGAAGGGAAGACAUACCAAUUUCAUGUCCGCAUUACCGCCCAGCCAUUCGGCGACAUCUCCGGUGUCAACAGCUUGGUUUGGAAGGAGACAGUUCACCAGACCAAGCUCCUGACGAAGGCUUGGGCAAAAUCCCCGCCUACCGAAAUUCAACGAGAUGCGAACGCCCUGACCCUUGCCGUGAUUUCUUUGGCUGGCUUCGGGAAGCAGCUGGAAUGGAGCAAGGAAGAUGACAAUCAGACCAUCCCUAUUGGUUAUCAACUAACCUUCCUACACGCGCUUCAGGAUACAUUGCAUAACAUGGUGACGAUUCUCCUCUAUCCCCGAUGGGUACUAAGAAUUAUACAUCGCGAAGCUGCAUUGGCGCAUAGCCAAUUAGACCGAUAUUUACGAGACAUUAUUCGAGAUCAGGAGGCUAAGCUGACAGCUAAUAUUAAUCACGAUGAUAAAAAGUCUCGCGGAAAUCUUCUCACUGCAGUGGUUCGAUCGUCGGUGAUGUUCAACUCAGAACAGCUUUCGUCAAAAGCAUCUGGAAAAUCUGGUGAGCGGAAACAGGGCUUCACUGAAGAUGAAACCCUGGGGAAUCUCUUUAUCUACCUGCUGGCUGGAUAUGAAACCACCGCCAAUGCCAUUAUAUAUGGACUAGCCGCUCUCGCCCUCUAUCAAGACAUCCAGGACCGAGUCAUCGAGGAGAUUGACAAGGCACAUUCGAGGGCCAAAUCCGCCGAUCGAGAUACGCUGACGUAUGAGGACGAUUUCGAGUUCCUGGAAUACACUUAUGGGUUUAUGUACGAAACCUUCAGAUUGUUUCCUGGGGUUACCCUCAUCACGAAGAUGGUCCACCAGUCCGAGCGUAUCAUAACCGACAGGCCCGACGGAACUCCAAAGUCUUACGACCUCCCUGGCGGUACUCGUGUUUAUCUCAAUGCUCCGGCAGUUCAUUAUCACCCAAAAUAUUGGCCAGAGCCUUACAAGUUGGAUCCGAACCGCUGGCGGAGUUCUCCGGGUGAAAAAUACGUUGUUCCCUCGGAUAAGACUCGUCAGAUGAAAGGCACGCUCCUAACAUUCUCCGAUGGCUCACGAGCAUGUCUUGGACGCAAGUUUGCUCAAGCGGAGUACAUUGCAUUUUUUGCAACCUUGCUGAGAGAGUACCGCGUGCGCUUGGCGCCCGGAUCGGUCCGGACAUCGGUUGAACGAGAUCUGUUCAGGAAAAGUUCAGGGACAAUCACGUUGUCUCCACUGGGAAAUGUGCGAUUGCAACUCCAGCCUCGCUAG